CGUUCCUUCCAUUAAGUAUCGGAUGCCGCAUGCGCGCGUGCUUGAUUUACGGAGCUUACAAACGAAAAGUGUAAAUUCAGAAAAUUGCAAUAGAAGAGAAUAAAAUAAAAAAAGAAGAUUAAAACAAUAUGCCUUCCGAAGAUAAAACUUUUCCGAUAACAAUAGAGUUCGGAGGUGGAGCCGAGACAUUGUUCGAUAAGAAAAGGAUAUACAAGGUUAACUUACCUGCUGAUGAAUGGACAUUGAGAAAUUUAAUAUAUUGGAUUAAAGAUAAUCUCUUGAAAGAUCGAUUGGAUCUUUUUAUGCAAGGAGACACCGUACGACCAGGAAUUCUUGUUCUUGUUAACGACACAGAUUGGGAAUUAUUGGGUCAAGGAGAUUAUGUUUUACAACCAAACGACACCGUUCUCUUCAUAUCGACGUUACACGGUGGUUAAAAUGUUGCAAAGGACAUCACCGUUUCUACUGUCAUUGCUUGUCGAUGGAAGUACGCGAAAUAUUCUAGAAGAAGAGGAUCAUUCGAAAUUACGAAACUAACAAUCUCGAAAGAGUUUAUUAUUAUUCUAAUAAUAGGAUCCCAGUUACAUCGAUAAUAAAGUUAUUUUUAUAAAUACGUGAUUGAAUUAUACCAAGACGCAGAGAUUUGUUGAAAAAUAUAUUAUUAAACUUUUUCGCGAUAUUUUCCUA